UCUUCUCAAUAACCUCCGGUACGCAAAUAUUUUGCCCAUCUCACGAGCCCAACUUUUCCCUCCAAGCCCUACCCGACUACCAUCGCUAGCCUCUUCACUGCGCCGCUCGCCAGUUAGCUCGACCGCGCCCCCAUUUCGCGAAACCUCAAGCAUCCAUGAGAGGCCUGAACCGAAUCACCGCAUCUUCAGGUCGCCCUAUUACUGCAGCCUUCUCCACCCAACCUUACUCCACCUUCUCCGGCGGCGGCGCCGGAGGUAGAGGGAGGGGCCGCGGCGCUAGCUCUCCUCCCACGGCCUCACCUGUUCCCGGUCAAGAAGACACCACUGGCGAUGAAGACUCGUUCCCCUCCUUUGGCCACGGCCGUGGUCAUCCUCCGUUUCCAUCUUCCGCCGGCCUCCCUUCUUUCUCCUCUUUAAUGUCUUCCCUCAAAUCCUCUUCUUCUGUCGGCCGCGGCCGCGGCCGGGGGCCCAUUCCUCCGGACCAACCCCAGUCCCUACCGAAACAACCAAUUUUUUUCCGGCGUGAGGAUCCCGAAUCCCAGCCGGAGAAAUCUCAGUUUGCCGAUCCCGGUGAAUCUGCCCCCCUUCCUGUUCUAUCUGGCUCUGGUCGUGGGAAACCUACAAGAACCGGGGAAUCCGACUCCAGGCCAAUCGAGGAGAAUCGGCACCUGCGCAACAAAGCACAGCCGAUAGGCCGGAGCCCGUUGUCAUCACCAUACCAGCCGAAGCUUGGAAGCCAGGAGGCUGCGAGAAGGGCGGUGGAUAUUCUAUCACGUGGUGGGCCAAGUGGGCCUGGUGCGAGGGGUAGAGGCGGGAGAGGAAUGGUUGGAAGAGGGAGAGGAAGAGGGAGAGGGGAUAGGUUUGGCGGUGGGAGGGGCCGUCGUGAUGCUGAUCACGAGUUUGAUCUUUAUUUGGGGGAUAAUGCUGAUGGUGAGAAGUUCGAGAAAAGGCUUGGGGAGGAGAAUAUGAAGACAAUAGCUGAGGGUUUUGAGGAGAUGAGCUGGAGGGUUCUUCCUUCGCCAAUGGAGGAGGCUUAUUUGGAUGCACUUCACACCAAUAAUUUGAUUGAGUACGAGCCUGAGUAUUUGAUGGAGUUCGACAGAAAUCCAGAUAUAGAUGAGAAGCCUCCCAUGUCACUGGAAGAAGUUUUAGCUACCGCAAAACCUUUUUUGAUGGCUUAUACGGGGAUGAAGAGUCAGGAAGAAUGGGAGGAAGCUGUGAAAGACUUGAUGGAAAGGUUGCCGCACUUGAAAGAGCUUAUUGAUAUGUAUUCUGGUCCUGAUAGAGUGACCGCUAAACAACAAAAAGAGGAGUUGGAAAGAAAUACUCUUCCAGAAAAAGUUCCUCCUUCUGUAAGGAGGUUUGCUGAUCGCGCCGUCCUUUCUCUACAGAGCAACCCAGGCUGGGGUUUUGACAAGAAAUGCCAGUUCAUGGACAAACUUGUGCGGGAGGUUUCCCAGCACUACAAAUAAAUGGGCGCUUGUGAUUUGUUUAAAAAUGAUUCUGAGCAGAAUUCGCGUCAAUGGAGGUCCGUUGAUCUGUCUCUUAAAAUAAUUCAAUUUGCACCUCCGAAUUCUGUGGGUUAUCUAAAAGUCGUCGGUCUUUUAGAGAAUUUUGAAAAUAAGCAGCAGUUCUUCAGCGCAAUUUGGAAACUUCUGUAGCGAGAUUUGCAAUGUAAUCAUAGAGGGCACUAUAUCUAAAUCAUUUAAAUGUUAUUUUUUUCUUAAUUUGGGUGUAAAUUAUGAAUUUAGAGACAUUUACAUACAAAUCACACAAUUCUGAUGUAUUCAUUUCAGUUAUCACGAUGAGGUAAACAUUUUCUCUUCAGAUCCUUCAGA